AUGCCUUCCAAGACCCAAAAGUCGCUUGAGGCUCUCGUGGCCUAUUUCAAACAGUCGAAGAGCCGCCGCGCUACGAUUGUGCGUGGGCAAGGCGAGCCUGGUCACCGAGCUGCCCCAGCGCGUGGGGGAAACAAUGAUGCAAGAUUCGGAAGCCGUAUUGAUAUCGGAGAAAUUACUGACAAAGCAGGUAAGGAAUAUCGACGGUACAAAUUCCAGUUCAAUUUGAACGCGGGAGAUUCCACUCUCAAGAAAAAGGCCGCUCAAGAUUCCCACGAGGGUUAUUCGACCGCAGAUGUGGAGAUUCAAGACGAUAGGACAGAGGGGGAAGAAGAGCAGGCGAUGCGAGAGUUUGAGGAGGAAAUGUCAAAGAACUUGAGAGAAUCGAGAUUAGUCACUUGA